AUCUCUGUGCUGCGCAAUAAGAAGAGGACUGUGUGACUGGGAUCCAAAGAACCCACGUGGAUGAUUGAGACUCCGAGUAUGAAAAAUCCUUUGAGAUACUCUUAAUGUAAACAAGAAAUUCUCCUGCAAAAAUUCUGCUAACCGUGCUGUUAAAAUGCCAAAUUGCAUAGUGAAGGAUUGUCGCCACAAAAGUGGACAAAAGAUUCAAUACCCAGAUGUCGUCCUUCACCCUUUUCCAAAUAACAUAAAUAUGAUAAAGAACUGGCUGUUACAGACUGGUCAGGACUUUGGAGAUAUUGAUGUCCUUGCAGAUAAAAUUCUGAAAGGAAAGAAAGCCGCAAACUUCCGAAUGUGCUCGUGUCACUUUACAAGAGACAGCUAUAUGGCUAGGGGUUCAAAAACGACCUUAAAACCAAAUGCUAUCCCAACCAUUUUUCCUGUAAUACUGCCAACUACUGUUCCUAGCUCGAUAUUGCCAACAGUGAAGAGACAGAGAGUAGAAGACGAAGCCCCAUCCACCUCUGCUACUGUUGUCCGUAUUGUUUCAAAACUUGUCACAGUGCAUACACAAACUGAUGAUCGAGUUUUCCAAAGAGACGCGUCAGUCAAUACGUACAACUGGCCAAUACAUGUAAAUGUUGCUACUCAGACUGAUCCACCAGUGGAGACUGAAGUUUUAGAAACUGAAAACAGAAGUGGAUCUCAAGAAGAAAAGGGUUGUGGUGCUGAGAAGGACCAUUUAUAUCAAACAACAUCCACUAAAAAAGUAAUCAAAAAAUCUUCCAAAACAAAUAAAGAUAAACCAACCGUACAGGAGCAAGCAUGCAAUACUCUUGAAUCCUUUAAAUAUCUAGAAGACCCUUUGGAUCCAUCAUUUGAUGAUUCUCCUGAAACGUCAUUUCAUGAGCCCAAUACAAAUGCUGUACAAAGAAACUUUGUAAAACAGAAAAAAUUUAUUGUUUUUGAAGACUCCUUGGAUAGACUUCUUACUCUUGUUCGUUGCCAGCACUCACAGCUGCCACCUUGUCAAGCACCAGUUAGUCACAUAAAAAAAAAAGUAGACGGAAGCAUGCUAACUGUGCAUUUAACAUGCUUAAAUGGCCAUAAAUCAUCAUGGAAUACCCAACCAGCGUUUGGAAAUGUAUCCAUUGGCAAUGUUUUAAUGGCCUCCGCAAUUCUACUAAGCAGUGUUUCAUUUGAGAAAGUUCUAGAAAUGUUUAAUAUUUUUGGAAUACCAGCAAUCUCACCUAAGACAUACCAUGAAUAUCAAGGGGCGUAUAUUUUUCCAGCAGUGGACUAUCAGUGGAGGCUUGUUGAAAGCAAGAUAAAAAAGGAAUUGGCAGAAGAUCCAGUUGUAGUGGCAACAGGUAGGCAGGUUGUCGAUCUUGGGCAUUCCAAUAAGUACUGUAUAUCGUCCAUGAUGGAUGUGAUGUCCAAAAAUUGUCUCUUUCAAAAUUAAACCCUUUGGUCCAGAAAGCACAUUAGUGGAAACGGAGAGACACACAUUUCAAGCCUGUCUUGAUCAACUAAUUGAUGAGAAGUUGGACAUCAAAAUAAUUGCCACCGAUCAGCAGGUCGGAAUGAGAAAACUCAUGGAGAUAAAAUAUCCACGUAUUGACCACCAGCUGGAUGUGUGGCAGCUUUGCAAAUGCCUGGCCAAAAAAUUAAAGGUGGCAAGUACAAAACGGAAUUGUGACAGCAUAGCCAGUUGGAUUGAUUCCAUCACAAAACAUCUCUGGUGGUCUGCCCAAACCUGCCAACAAAACACUGAUCUUUUGAUUGAUAAAUGGAAAUCGGUUCUUUUCCAUGUUGCAAAUGUGCACAGUUUCGAUUCACUGAAACUCUACAAACAGUGCCAGCAUGGAAGCAUUUCAUAUGAGGAUCAAUUGAACACAGAUUGGAUUCAUUGCAAUCAUCCUGCUCACUCAGCCCUGGUUGAAAUAGUCAAUGAUCCCGUUAUGCUCGAUGAUAUUAAAAAGAUAGAAAAAUUCUGUCACACCAGAGAUUUGGAGGCUUUUCACAGCACAAUUGAGAAAUUGCAGUCCGAUCACGUAUCUUUGAGUACUGAUGAGCUAUAUGUGCGCACGGUACUGGCUGCUUUAACAUACAAUUGGAAUGUGACCGGAUCGCCGACCUCCAUCAUACAGCCAGACACAUCUUUUUUGAAUAUUGGAGAAAACUUUAAAAGUCAGUGGGUGUCCAAAUAUGAGUAUUGUGAAAGUUCCCUCUCAAAUAUAAUGUUAGACACUGUGAAAAUCUUGUUUGGCCAUCGGGAAAAUAAAUGGAGCUCAGCAUCGAACUUUCUUCCUAAAACAGUAUCCUGCAAAGCAGAGGACUAAAGGCUGUUGUAAUAUGGGAACCUUCAUUAAAACUAGGAAACCUUAGGAAAAAUCCUAUAGAUUGGUUUGAUUUACAAGAAUUAAAAAUGCAGUUGUUUUUGAAUUGAUAUUGAAAAUACAUGUUUAUAAAAAAAAAAGUGUAAAUGUUAGAUUUUAUGUUUUAACUAUGUUCUUUAUAAUUAGGAAAAACUCCUAUAGAUCGGUUUGAUUUACAAGAAUUAAAAAUGCAGUUAUUUGUGAAUUGAUAUUGAAAAUACACUUGUUCAUAAAAAAAAGUAUAAAUGUUAGAUUUCAUGUUUUAACUAUGUUCUUUAUUAUUAGUUGUAUAUUAUAAUGCAGCAUACAUACAUAGACUACAUGUAGUGACAGAUGCAAACAAAUCUUCCAAAUAAAAAAAAA